AUGAAUAAAUAAAUUGUCUGUGAUAUUCAUAGUAACUGUCAAAUAUUUCAUAUUGAUGUUUUACAGGACUAAGAAAAGAAGUUAAAAUGCGUUUAAUCUAUUGCAAAUAAAAAAAAGGAAAUGAGUUUUAUCUAUAUACCUCAAAUAAUCAAUGUAGAAGAAAAUUUAUUUCUUGAUAACUGGCCACCUCUUUCUGAUGACUUAUUAAGAGAAAAAAUAAUCUAAUUAAGAAACGAGGAUAAAGAUGUCAGCUAAUAGAUUAUAGACUUCUAUGAAAAAUUUACAGAAGAAGUAGUUAAAAUCUUAUCAGAGAAAAAGAAAGAAUCAUUGAUCUAAGUUGAAAAAUUAUAACAAUUAAAAGAUAAAAUUAUUAAUCAGUAUUGCGACAUGGCAUCUCUUGAUAAAAUCAGUAAAUGUUUUACAUAAGAUAAUGAAUCGAUUGAAUAAAUUGAAAAGAAUUUAAAAGAGUGUCUGGAUUCUCAGUUUAAUAGAAUUGAAGAAUUUACUUCUAUCCUAUAAUAAAUGAUGAGAUAAUAUGAAUUAAUUAGCGAUAAGAAUAUUUAAAGGAAUACAUAGAUAAAAGAAAAUAUAUUGAAUAUAUUGAGAAUAGUAAAUUUAUUACCUCAAAAUAACUUUAAUUUUGGAGAUGAAAUGUUUGGCUUUGAUAAAAUCAAAGCUUAUUAGUAAGUAUUAGAUUAAGAAUAUGAAAUUAACUAGAAAAAAAAUUCAUCUCUUAUAGGUCCUAAAGGGUAGUUAUGGAUAUUAAGAAAAAAAAGUGGUGCAAGGCUUCUUGAUAGCUAAUAAAAUAAUAAUAAUAAUAGUAUAUAUUAAAAUACAUUUGGAUUCUCAAUAUCUUAAAUAAGGACUAACUAAAAUUAAGCAAAUUAAAACGCUGAUUCAAAAGUGAUUGCCUACAGUUUAGAAUUCAGAAUUUGUAUUGAAAAACAAUAAAUGCAAUAUACUGUCUAUCCUAAAAAGCAUAUACCAUAGUUUCUUAUAUAUUAAGGACAUUCUCAGAUAAAAACUCUUGAUCAAAUUUAGUCCUUUCACCACCUUAACUUAGAAAAUACCUUAACUUAGAAAUCACCUUAACUUAGAAUCAUCACGGUACCUCAAAUAAUCAAUGUAGAAGAAAAUUUAUUUCUUGAUAACUGGCCACCUCUUUCUGAUGACUUAUUAAGAGAAAAAAUAAUCUAAUUAAGAAACGAGGAUAAAGAUGUCAGCUAAUAGAUUAUAGACUUCUAUGAAAAAUUUACAGAAGAAGUAGUUAAAAUCUUAUCAGAGAAAAAGAAAGAAUCAUUGAUCUAAGUUGAAAAAUUAUAACAAUUAAAAGAUAAAAUUAUUAAUCAGUAUUGCGACAUGGCAUCUCUUGAUAAAAUCAGUAAAUGUUUUACAUAAGAGAAUGAAUCGAUUGAAUAAAUUGAAAAGAAUUUAAAAGAGUGUCUGGAUUCUCAGUUUAAUAGAAUUGACGAAUUUACUUCUAUCUUAUAAUAAAUGAUGAGAUAAUAUGAAUUAAUUAGCGAUGUGAGUAUUUAAAGGCAUACAUAGAUAAAAGAAAAUAUAUUGAAUAUAUUGAGAAUAGUAAAUUUAUUACCACAAAAUAACUUUAGUUUUGGAGAUGAAAUGUUUGAUUUUGAUAAGAUCAGCGAUUAUUAGUAAGCAAUAGAUUAAGAAUAUGAAAUUCGCUAGAAAUAAAAUUGUUAGAUAGAUUAUUUAAUAAACUAACUUGACAUUUUAAGAUUAAAUCCUAAUAUAAUAACUUGUUCUAAUUAUAAUAAUUCUAAUGAAUUUUUAGCAUCUGCUUUAGGUCUUAAAGGGUAGUUAUGGAUAUAAAGAGUAAAAAGUGGUUUAAAUAACGUUUAUUGUUAUCUUAAUUACAUUCUUAAACCGAAAAAGAAAUAUUUAUUUAGAAUUAAUUUCUAUAAAAGUAAUACUUAAUCUACCUUCUUUAUAGGGCUUAUUAAUAGCCAAUUUAAGGAUAGUAGUUUGAAUUCAAAUGGAUUUGGAUUCUCAAUACCUUAAUUAAUAAAUCUUUCCUUAAAUUAAGCAAAUGAUUCAAAAGUGAUUGCCUCAACUUUAGAAUUCAGAAUUUGCAUUGAAAAACAAUAAAUGCAAUAUAGUGUCUGUCCUAGUAACUCUAAUCUUGUUUAAUUCUCAAGAGGAUAUUAAAUUUAAGUUAAUGGCUCAUACUAUUUAGCUUUUGAAUUUUAUUAUGACUAUCUGGGAGACAAGUUAGAGAUUCUUGACUAUUAAGAAUUAGAUGAAUUCCCUAAUUGA